AGUUUGUCCUUUCCUGUUGUUAGGCAGGUUGUCAGGGGCAGCGCACCAGCCAGGUAGCUAACACGGGAUUACGGGACUCCAGUCAAUGAUGACACAUGUAUUUAUCAAAGAAAACGACUGCCGGCGUUCCUGCUUUUCCUCCUGGAGCUGCCCUGUUCUCUUGGGUAAACGCAGCAGAGACGACAGGGUCGACUUUUUAUCGAAACAGCCCGCGGUUUGCAGUGGGCUCUGCCCCGUAGUUAGCUAAGGUUUUUUUUUUUUUUUUGCUAACGUCAAGCAGCCAGCUAGCUUUAACGUUAUCAGGUAGCAGCGUAAACAAAAAAGGGAUAAACAUUGGUAGCAACGUAGCCCAGUAAGUAGACACCUCCAGCUUUCCAUUGCGCCUGAUUUGCGACCCUUUUUUGUGCGAAAAUGGAAGACGUUCAGGAACAUUUAAUGGAGCAGGAAGAGUACGAGGACAGCGACAACCCAUUAGCAGCCCCCUGCAAACCCCCUGUGCGCUCCACCCGACUGCACGUCCAGAGGAGCAGUAUCUGCUCUCGGGCUUAUUUCGUUGUGGUUAUGGUCUUCUUCCAUGUGUAUAUCCUGAAUGUUAUCGGCCUGCUGCUCUACGUGCACUACAACAACGGCCCCGGGGAUCUGGUCAGUGGAGACGGGGCCACUUCAGCUUCAUCCAGCGAGAGCGGGGCCCCUUUGCCCCAUCCUGACCCAGCUUCAAGAGAGCUACAUGUGGAGGAUUAUAGUGACAGCUUCAGUCUCCCUCGUAUUGAGGGGAUACGGGUGGGUCAUGUUCAGCAGGUGAGCCUCGUGUCAGGGAGAACACAUGAGAUGAAGACGAUCAGCCUGAAACCUCUCCUGUUUGAAAUCCCUGGCUUCCUGUCUGAGGAGGAGUGCCGUGUGGUGGUGCAGCUGGCUCAACUCAAGGGUCUGAUGGAGAGCCAAAUGACAGCACCCAGCCAGGGACAAGAGGAGUCAAACCAGCCACUACUUUCUAUCAGCACAGAGGAGGUCUUCAGUCUGUUGGACCUAAACCAGGAUGGGCUGCUUCAGAAGCAGGAGAUUGUGAGUCACUUGCGCUCUCGAGAUGGAACUUGGUUGAACCCAGACAAUUUACGGCAGAUACUUUCUGGUCUGGAAGCCUGCCCAACAGGUUAGUACCCCUGUGGUUUGUGUGUGUCAGUACAUUUCUGACGGUUCUGAUGCCAUAUACAUAUACAUAACACAGCAUCAGAGAAGUUACGGGGCACAUACAGUACAAGUUUGAAGGACUUUAAAAAAAACUAAGUUUGUGAGACACCAGGAAAAACUGAUUGUGACCUAAAAGGUUUAAUGAAUUCAUCUUUUAAUCUUUAAGGGUAACUUGAUUAAUUUAAAUGAAUUUUUCUUAAUUAUGAUUAAGCUCUUUUAGACCAAAAAUGCAAGAAAUGUUAGAAAAAUGAGCAAAGAUUCAAUCCAAAUAGAGAGACUGUUGGUACUCUUUGUUCUCUAAUUUCUAAAGUCUAAUGUGUAAUGGAUAAAUCUGGACGUUUUAUCCCUCUUUGUGUGUGGCUUAGGGUUAGGGUAGGUUAGGGUUGUGUGUCUGUGAGUGUUUCACCAUUGGUUUUGUAUUGGUAAGAGUAAGUGGCUGACGGGUGGCUGUGAUUGCGUGCAAGUCUUUGUGAGUGGCAAGGCCGGGAAAGAGGUGACACCGUUUUGACCUGAUGCCAUUGUGCCAGGCGUUGCACACAUCCCAGUCCGGAUGUGCCUCAUCCUAUCUCAUUAAAAACUGAUUAUUCUCCAACCCCUUCUCUUAAUUUUCCCCC